AUGCUCAAGCAACCUUCGAAGGUAUUGAGAACAGCAACACAUGUAUUCCUACUACUUCUCCUUGACGUGAUAAACGUCCACGAUCUUCGGUGCUGGGCUGUGGAAGGCGUCACGACUCGACUCGGAGCAGCUCCACAUACGACGGACAAAGGUCAUCCGAGAGCCGAACGAAAUGUCACCGAGCAGUCACGACUAGCUCGAGCUCGAGCUCGAGCGGUCAUUGAAGUCAGCACGAAAACACGCCGAUCUGCUUAUGCAACGGGUUCUGUAGGCACGAAUGUGGAUAAAAUUGAGGACGUUGAACUCGGCCCUACUCAUAUCGUCAUCACAACCACAAAACAAGGGCCAGUUGAUUCGCUGAAGAUCCAUAUCGAACUAAUCGAUCUCCACGACAAUCGUACAUUACCGCCGAUACAAUUGUACGGACUUUUUCUCGUGAUCGCAAGAGGAAGAUAUACGGUGCCAUUCCUGAAACCUGAGCGAUGGUAUGGAUUAACAUUCACCAGCGAGAACCAGGUGAACGGUGAGACGAAUGUUCACAAAGAAACCAGAUUGCUACGUACUACGAAUCGCCAGCACAACAUUACGACAGCAGAAGACCUCUAUGAGGUUAUCAUGCAUCGAAAUGUGGAUGGUGAAGAGAGCGCUGAGAGAUUGUAUGUGACGUCAGAAUGGAGAGGAGAAGAGAGGUACUCCUACUACCGUAAUUCCUCACGGAUCGUGGUGGAAAGGAUACCACAGUUCGCCAAGAAGUAA